AUGGCGCCUGUCGCUCCCCGAUCCGGCGAGGCAGUGUUCGCCAGUGUCGAGCGCGUGGUGAGAAUCCCGAUCCGAUCCUCUUAGGGAAGAUGCGAGAUCCGACUACACAUCCCUAUUUCUAUCUUUUUCUAUGGUGUUUCUUCUUUAAUGUAUGAUUUGAUUAUGUUUAUAUGAAUAUGUGGGCAGAAUGCGGAACUGUUUACACUGACGUACGGGGCAAUCGUGCGCCAGCUGUUGACGGAUCUGGAGGAGGUGGAGGAGGUCAACAAGCAACUGGAUCAAAUGUAAUUGGUCUGAUAAUGUCUACUGUUUUUUACUAUUAAAAUUUUCUGGCAGUUUGAAACACAUUCUCAUUCAUGUCAUUGAAAGAAAUUGGCAGGAAUUUUCGAUCUAUCAGAAAAUUUAGACUAAAAUGAAAUCUGGCAUUUGUAGGCCUCGAGUAUUUUGUCACACCAACAAGCGAUAGCCAUUUUCCUGCUUCCAAAACGUUUAUUGCAUUACACAAAGGCAUGAGUUCUGACAGCCUUUAUGAUUCCCUUCAAUGUGUUCGUGAGCAUUAUCUAUAUGUAUAUACUGAGAGCUAAACGAUGGAAUAAUUGGUUAAAAUAUUUAACCAAUGAAAGAACCCAGCAAGUCCUGCGUCUCUAAAUAAACCUAAUCAGAAAACUUAUAGUUUUAGAACGCUCUGCACGAGGAUGUGAGGGGGAAAAACGGAAAUUAGCCAAGAGAGUGUAAUAUGCUUCUUUCUCAUGGAUUUGGUUUUCCCCUUGGUUACUUUACUGUAAUACGUCAGCUUUAAAUUUUCUUCGUUCGAGGAUAAUUCUCUUUGUUUUCACUUUCUGUCCGUACAAUCAAAUCAUCAUUGAGCUGACAUAAUGGAUCAUUUUAAUGCCACAGUGGCUUAUGUGUAUCUCCCACCACUCGCACCGCGCUAUCUUUCUACUUUCACGUUGUCUAGGCCAAAGUUAUAGUUGUAAGCGCUCAUGUGCCCCAAAGGAAAAAGUCGUCCUCAAAAUCGAAGUUUCUUUUCUCUUACAUUGUUUAGUUCAACGGAUUUCAUUCCAUAGAAGAAAGCUUCAUCCUUCGGCAUGUAGGAGAAGGGGAAAGAUGGUGUCACAUACAACCGAAACCAUCAUUAUACACAGAAAAGCAUUAUCUUUGCGUACUUAUUUGAUCUGUGCUCAUAUCAUCUCUGGUUCUUCAUGUGGGGUUCAGCAUCCUAUGACACAAGGCAUCAUACUAAAAUGAUUGAGUGGCAUCAUCAUUUGGGCCCUCUUCCUCAAUGCGUGCUUAGUGACCAACUAUCACUUCAUCAUUUCCAUCCAAAGGGAACUCUAAAAUAUAGGAAAAUAGUCACACGAUUAUGAUGUAAUGUGGCGGAUUCUCAGUUUAUCCAUACCGUGAAGUUUGUGCUCAAGAUAUGUCUAAUAUUUUUUUGCACCAUAUGGGAUAGAAACCAUUCUUUGCUUGUUCAUAAUUUUUCACGAGAUUGUUGUGAGUAAGCAAGGUUGUAGUUUUUGUUAAUAUUGUCGUAUAAUUUUUUUCUUCCCAGCAAUUAUAUACAUUUCCUAGUACCAGCAUGUGACUUUUCUUAUCUCUUUGACUUGAUGGAUUCCUUUCAGGGGUUAUAAUAUUGGAAUUAGACUCAUUGAUGAGUUUCUAGCCAAAUCUAACGUCUCCAGAUGUGUUGACUUCAAGGAGACCGCUGAAGUUAUUGCAAAGGUUACUUAAAAAUUAUUAUACUAUUUUUAUAUUUUUUUCCAGUUUUUCCAAUAAAAAAUUAUGAUUUUGAUGUACUUUCGUAGCUGUCUCCAAGAUUGUCUCUACCUUCAAUUAUUUUCUGUAAUAAUUUGUUACUCAAAAUCCGUGUGAUAAUUAUUUCCAAUAAACUAUUUGUUACUUAAAUUAUUUUCUGUAAUAAGUCCUUUUUCUCAUUAGAUAUGCUGAGGAAGUAAUCAGAUGGCUGCAUAGAUUAUCAACCAUGAUGUGCAGGUUUUAGUUUCUGAGCAGAGUCAUCAACGCAAUUCUAUAUCCAAGGAGAGUUGUGUUAUUAUUUGCGUGAUAUAGAAUGAUUGAAAAUUACCGUAUCAUGGUUGAUGAUCUCAUAGAAUCAUGGAAAAAAGGUGGCCAAAAACAUUUCUAUGUGUAGGCAAUUCUCCAUCAACAGGGAUUUUCAACAUUCCCCCUGAAGCCAGUUUCUUCAAAAGAAUAUACAUUCAGUGAUGAUUCUCAUUCUGUUAAACAGAGACAUAGUUUUCGGAAUCUGGCUUAGUGAAUGUUGUAAGCACAACUAGACUAACUUGUUCACUUCCACAGUUUUGGAAUCUUGUGUGAUAAAUAUGGCAAGCACAACUACAAUAAAUUGUUCAUUUCCACACUCAGGCAACCUUUAUUUUUCAAAAUAUCUUGCAUAAGUAAGUUAAGUUUAAUGUUCUCAUAUGAAUUGCAAAAAGUUGGCUUUAUUUAUUUCAUUUUUUAUUCCGUGGGGAUCCUAGUAUAUUCAAUGAAACAUCACAAAAGUCUCUGAGUACUUUCAUUCAUGACAUUUUCUAAUUAUUUCCUUCCCUGAAGGAAAAUGAAUCAUUCUCGUGCAGAUCAAGUUCACUAUGUUCCUUGAGCAUUUGCUAUUUUGGCAGUUUGAAUAGGAUGGCAUUGUAACUUUGAGAUGCUCUCGUGUCACUGAAGCUACCGUUCCCGUCGUAUACAGAUGUGACUGCUUUUUGUUGCUAGUUCUCCUCUCCGAUUCUCUCAUACUUGAAUCAAACUGGUCACCGUGAAACAGGUUGGUUUGAAGAUGUUCUUGGGGGUGACUGCAUCAGUGACCAAUUGGGAUGCUGAUGGAAGCAGCUGUAGCCUCAUUUUGGAGGACAAUCCUCUGGUGGAUUUUGUUGAGCUUCCUGACACAUGCCAAGGUCUCUAUUACUGCAACAUUCUGAACGGUGUUAUCAGAGGCGCCCUUGAGAUGGUUAGAUUCUCUCCACCUUUUAUCUUUGUUGAGAAUGUUUUUAUGAUCAUUCAGGUUUACACUGCUUCCUUCCUUUCGCUCCAGUGAAUCAAGUAAUGGAUGUACCGUCUUAUGGUUACUUUUCUGUCCUUGCACUCCCAAUCUAUGCCAAUUAUCUGAUGGAGAGUUCCUCAUCUUUUUAGGUUCAUCAUAAAAAAACCAAACGAAUGCUUUUUAACAGGUUAUUUAUAGCAAAAUCAUGAAGAAUUUCAGCAGAUAAUAUCACCGAAAAUUAGACCAGAUAUCACAGAUCCAUGUGAUAUAUUUAAGAAACAUGUGAUUGAAUUGGGUGAAAUCAUCCAACCAUCUUACCUUGUCACAUAAAAAACCAGCUCAAUGUGGUAUCCACUGACCUUAGAAAAAAAAAAUGCAAAGACUUUGUAUUACCAGACAAGUUAUUGUACUGAAAAGAAACAGUUAUCCCAUAACCAUUGAAUCUCAUCGUUUCAGCUGCAAGGUGGCGGGCCAUCACCUUGCCCCACUGAUUGACACUUUUAGUAAUACUGUGCAUUUUUUCUUAGAUUCUCUCUCAUCCUUGCCCAUCAUAUAUCUGUGUUCUGUCUUUGAAUUUAUUGUUUACAUAAUUGUAAUAUUUAGUAUUCUGUCAUCUCUGCAUUAUACUGGUCACGUUUUGCUAUUAACUUCAUUAGGAUCUCGUUGAAAAGAAUUAGCUACAUAUGGCAAGAAUUGAGCAGGCUCAGAUGAAGUUUUUUUUUUUUUUUUCAUGAAACUGAGUUCGAUCUUGCUACAUUAAUGAUUGUAAGAUUUUUAGUUCUUAGCACCUGUAGUUUAUGCUGCUAAUGUUGUGCCAGCUUCUCUAGGAUCUUACUGCUACAACUGCCUAUAGUUUGAAACCAACUUAGCAGAACAUAAAAUUCAUACAUUAUUUCAUAGGGAAAUGGAUUCCUUCACAUCUUCAAUGGCUUCCUUCAUCUUUUUUAAUUUUCUUCAAGAGGUUUCAGUCACCACCUGUUCAUCAGAAUCAUCAUGCGGUUAAAAAUUCUACCUUUUUUACCUGAUAAUUAAUAUCCCAUGGGUUUCUCAAAUCCCCUCUAUUUAUAGCAUGUAAAAUCUCAUCCUGCACUCUUCUGGCCAGGUGAUGACUUCUCUGCUGUUUCUCUUCUCUGGGUCAACGCAGGUCUCAAUGAAGACGGAGGUCAACUGGGUCCGGGACAUGCUGCGGGGGGACGACACCUACGAGCUGCGGGUGAAGCUGCUGAAGCAAGUACCCGAAGAGUAUCCCUACAAGGAUGACGAGUGA